UCAAUUUUUUAUAUUGAUGAUUUUAUUAGUGUUGAUGAGGAAAAGGAACUAUUGAAGAACAUAUACAGUGAUGAUAAUAAAGAUAAAUGGACCCAGUUAAAGAGAAGAAGAUUGCAAAAUUGGGGUGGUCAACCUGUUUCAAGUGGUAUGAUUGAAGAACCUUUACCAAGUUGGUUAACAAAUAUAUGUGAUAAGAUAUACGAACAUUCAAUAUUCCCAGUUAAAGCAAAUCAUGUUCUUUUAAAUGAAUACAAUGUAAAUGAAGGUAUAUUUCCACAUACUGAUGGCCCAUUGUUUUAUCCUUGUGUUUGUAUAUUAAGUUUAAAUUCAACAUGUUUAAUGGAUUUUUAUAAAGAAAUUAAAAAAGAAGCAAUUCAAAAAAUAUUUUUAAAACCAAGAUCACUUUUAAUUUUUACACAAGAUGCUUAUAAAACUUAUUUCCAUGGUAUUAAAGAGUCAUUUUCAGAUUUAAUCACAGAGAAUGUUAUAAAUAAAAAUGACACAGAUUUAAGGGUUGGUACAGAAAUAGAAAGGGAUAUUAGACUUUCAUUGACUAUUAGAAUAGUUCCAAACACA